CACCAAAUUGGGGUUCUCAGAGGCAACAGAAAGCAGGUAAUUUUGUGCUCCACAGAUGUAUCAAACGCGUAUAAUUGCGUCAACAUUNUAUAAUUGCGUCAACAUUAAUACCCUUCAACAAAUACUUGUAGACCUGAAAGUAGAGAAACUCUAUAUUGACUGGAUAAUAAAUUUUUUGGCUAGCAGGACGUUAAAACUAGGAAACAGUACAGUUGAAAUUAGUAAUGGGCUACCGCAAGGAAGUGUACUCUCACCAAUCCUCUUUAAUAUUUAUACGAAACGACUACACAAUCUAUCUGACUCUAAUAUGCAAAUAUACCAGUUCGCUGACGACUUUUUCUUUGUAUCAUCUGGCAAUAGUUUUCCCGAGGCUAACAGCAACCUCCAGGCAAAACUAGAUAACUUCAUUGAAAUCUGCAGCCAACUACAACUAAGUUUCAACCCAAGCAAAACUAAAGUUAUGCAUGUUAGCAGAGGACCAAAAAAGGAAAUUAAUGUCACUAUCGGCCAGACUAGAUUGCUACAAGUUAAUGAAAUUAAAGCACUGGGUAGAGUAGUAAACAGCUCUCUGACCAUGAGUAGUCACUACCAAACCACCAUAGAGGCAACGUCCAACAAUAUCAAGUUUUUCAAAUACCUAACAAAUGUCAAAUCUGGCCUACAUCCUCAGAAAGCCAUGAACAUAUACAAAAGUCUGGUCAGGUCUAAAAUUGAGUAUGGAUACACCACUGCUGCUAAUGGUGCCAAAUCUGCCUCCAAAAAAAUACUCACUCUACAAAACAAAUUUCUCAGAAGAUGCUUGGGUUUAACGCCCUCUACCCCUAUUCCCACCAUGUAUGCACUGGCCAAUGAACUGCCUCCUGCAGAGAGGUCAAUAUGGCUUGCAGCGAAAGAACUGGCUAAAAUGUUUGCGGUUAAUGACCCCAUAGUUGCUUCGGUUAGAUCCAGCCCCCCUGUGAACUCCAGUUACUCCUUCACAUAUAACAAAUUCAGGCAAAUUUUCGAACGGCUUGAACCUGUGGGGGAUCACCCCACCUCCACCAACUGUGAAAUAAUCGACAGCGCUUUCCCUGGCCUCAAGGCCACAAUGACUGCUGAAUGUGCCAAUGCUCACUUCUCUAGGAUGCUCAACAAUUACAAGGAGAGGAGAUUUAACAUCAUGUUCACCGAUGCAUCGCUCUCUGACAGUAGGACUGGCUGUGGCAUAUAUAAUUACAACUGUGACACUGAAACUGCAUUCCACCUACCCUUUAAGUCUUCCACAGCCUUUGGGGAACUCUUGGCCAUUGAAGAGGCAAUUAAUAUCGCCUCCAAUAAUAACUACCGCAAAUUAGUAAUUUUUACUGACAGCCGUAUGUCGUGCCAAACCCUUAAAAACCCUAACUCACUCAAUAGCAUCGCUAGUAGAAUCCUACGAAAAGUCCACGUAGCUGCUUUCGACAGUAUCCACAUUGUAUGGAUACCCAGUCACAAAGGUGUUCCGGGGAAUGAAAGGGUAGACAGCAUUGCCAAAAAGGCAAUUGACAAUAGCAGUUGUAAAGACUACUUAUAUACAACCNCACGUAGCUGCUUUCGACAGUAUCCACAUUGUAUGGAUACCCAGUCACAAAG